AUGUCUGAAGAAUCUGUUAAAGUGGCUGUACGAGUUCGACCCUUUAACCAACGAGAGAAAGAUCGAAAUGCAAAACUUAUUAUUCAAAUGAAUGGAAAAUCAACAUUCAUUACAGAUCCACGAUUAUCAAUAGACGAACAAAAACAAUUUUCUUUUGAUUAUUCAUAUUGGUCACAUGAUGGUUUUGUCGAACAUCCUUCAGGAAUAUAUCAAGCCAAAGAUUCUGUCUCAUGUUAUGCUUCUCAACAAAAAGUUUUCGAUGAUCUUGGUCGUGAUGUUCUAAAAAAUGCAUUUGAUGGUUUCAAUUGUUCAUUGUUUGCAUAUGGUCAAACAGGAUCUGGUAAAAGUUAUUCUAUGAUUGGUUAUGGUGUCAAUCGUGGAAUAGUACCAAUUGCAUGUGACGAAUUAUUUCAACAAAUUCAACAUAAAAAGGAUUCAACUAUUAAUUUUGAAGUUGCUUUAUCUAUGCUGGAAGUUUACAAUGAACAAGUACGUGAUCUAUUAACAAAAGAAUUUCCUAAAGGAGGUCUUGCUGUACGACAACAUCCAACUUCGGGUCAUUUCUAUCCACAAGGUCUUCGUAUUGUACCUGUCGGUAGUUAUGUCGAUAUUGAACAUCGUAUAAAUGAAGGAACAGAAAAUCGAACCAUAGCUGCAACAAAUAUGAACAUAACAAGUAGUCGAGCACAUACAAUUGUUACAAUUUAUUUUAAUCAAAUAAUUAAAAAUGAUCUUGGAGAAACAAAAAAAACAAGUGUAAUUAAUCUUGUUGAUUUAGCUGGAUCAGAAAGAAUAUCAAAUACAGGUGUAACCGGUGAUCGAUUAAAAGAAAGUACAAAUAUUAAUCGAUCAUUAUCAGCAUUAGGAAAUGUUAUAUCUGCAUUAGUUGAUAUAUCAUCAGGAGUAAAACGAAAAAUAGUUGUACCAUAUAGAGAUUCAAUAUUAACAAAAUUACUACAGAAUGCAUUGGGAGGAAAUAGUAAAACAAUUAUGAUUGCUGCUUUAUCACCUGCUGAUAUUAAUUAUGAUGAAACAUUAAGUACACUUCGUUUUGCUGAUCGUGUUAAACGUAUUAAAAAUGUUGCUGUUAUUAAUGAAAAUCCAACUGAAAAAUUAAUUCGUCAAUUAAAAGAAGAGAAUCAACGAUUAAAAUUAUUGAUUGAAACCGGAAAUUAUAAUUUACAAUUAGAUGUUAAACCUGGUAUGACAGAUCAAGAUAUUGAAAUCGUAAGAAAACAAAUGGAAGAAGAAAUCAAUUUACAAAUACAAAAUAAUCAAAAGACGUUACAAGAUUCAAAUAUAUCGUGGGAUACUAAGCUUAAAAAUGCUCAACUGGAUGAUAGGAACAGUUCAACAUCAUUGAAAUCAACACAAUCAGAUCAAAUUGUUCCAUAUCUUGCUAAUUUAAAUGAAGAUCCAAUGUUAUCAUAUAUUAUAUGUCAUUAUUUACAUACAGAUGAAAUAACUAUUGGUAGUCGAGAUUGUACAAUAUAUUUAAAUGGUUUAAGUAUCCUUGAACGUCAUGCUAUAAUUCGACAUUCAAAUACAAAUGUAUAUCAAUUAAUUCCAGCUGAAGCUACGGCAAAAAUUAAAGUCAAUGGCUAUAAUUUAACUGGAGAUAUUUUUCUUCAUGAUAAAGAUCGUAUUUUAUUUGGUGCAAAUCAUUUAUAUGUUUUCCUAAAUCCUAAAGAACAAAAAGAAUCUCCAGCCGAUUUACCAAAUAUUAUAACAUGGGAAUUUGCACAAAAAGAAAUAGCAAAAAUAAAAGGUUAUUCAUUUGGAAAUAAUUUAAGUAUUGAACAAGAAGUCGUUCAAGAAAAAAUCUUGAAUUUACUACCAUUACUUUCGGAAGUUAAUGCAAUUAGUGAAGAACUUAAUAAAUAUCGGACAUUUGAAAUAAUUCUUAUGCCAAUUUCAUCAUGGGAUGGAAUAUCAAUUAAAGGAUCAAAAGUUAUGAUAAGAAUGAAAAAUCUUAUUAGUCAUAAUAUUUGGUAUUGGGAUGAUAUGAAAUUUUUCAAUCGAAGUUAUAUUAUUAAAGAACACUAUCAAAAGUAUUUAGAUGGCGAAGAAGAAAUUUUAUAUAUUGCGAAAGAAGAUGAUCCAUUUUGGGAACCAGCAGAAGAUAUUUUACUUGGCACAGCUAAUCUCUUUGUUCAAAGUUUGGCAUAUCUACUAGAUUUUAACGAUGAAAUUACUAUUACUGACUAUAAAGCAAAACAAGGACGUAUUAGUGUUCAUUUAAGUCCAUGUUUAUCAAAUGGUCAGAUUUUAACCGAAGAACAUUUUAUUGAUCAACCUGAUGAACUUCUGGAUAAACCAUAUUAUUUUAAAGUAACACUAAAUCAUAUUGAAGUUCAUGAUGAACGUUAUGAUAAAGGUCUUCGUAUACGUUACAAAAUCUUUAAUGAAUUAGAAUUUAGUGAAACAAAUAUUGUAUGUCGUCAUGCAACAUGUGCUCGUUUAAAACAAUCACGUACUGUAACAAUACCUAAUGUUGAUGAUGAUUGGUUAACUUUUUUUGAGAAUGGUUGUAUUAUAUUUCAAAUAUUUGCUGUACAAGAAGAAAGUAAAUCUUCAGCAAAUUUAUUUAAAAUGACAACUCGAGAUUUAAAACUUCAAGAACAAAAACAAGAGGAUGCUAAUUUAACACCUGUUAAUCAUCAAAAUACAACUUUACCUAGUGAUUCCAAACUUAAAGCAGAAUUAACAUUACUUCAUAAGAAAUAUAUUCGACUUGAACAAAAAGAAAAGCGUAUUCAACAAUUAUGUCGAGAUUGGGAAAAUCAUAAUGAUUAUGCUAAAUUUUAUAAAUUAGUAUCAUCAAUUGUGUUUAGUUCAGGAACUAAGUUAAAACCAGGGCCUAGUGCUGAAAAAACAGAAAAUAAUAUGGAAAUUUAUUUAUUUGGCGUAGAAGAACAAGAAUAUUUGGAUGAUGCUGGACGCGCUGAUUCAGAGAAACAAAAAUAUUGGGAUGAAUAUUACACAAAAAUGGCAACAAAACAAAGACGUGUUUCCUUAUCAUAUCGUGUUAGUACAAGACGACCAACAUUAAUUCAACGAUCCAGUAAUUCUGGUUCUAAUUUAUUGUCGAUAGUUCAUGAAUCAGAUGGAAAUGAACAAUCACAUGAAGGUAGAAUAUCAGCAGCACAUGUAGACAACGUUUAUCUUCAUGAACGACCAAAUACACCAUUAUGGAAAAGAACAGUUAAAUCUGGUACUGCUUCUAAGACGAAUGAUGCAAAAAGACUAUCAACAAAUCAUGAAAAAAAUUCAACAACAUGUGUAAUACAAUAA